GUCCCAUUGCACAGUGCAGUCUGCAGCAGCUGAGCCAGAGAAACAUUCAGAGAGAAGAUUCAGAGGUGGAGCUCAGUGUUCAGCACCCACGGCCCGGGACAGCGCCCUGAGAUCCCUGCCAGGGAAUGGCUUGUCUGAGUGCAGCUUUCACACUGGGAAACAACUCUCUGAACCCUCCUGCAGUGAUGGCGGAUCCGAAAUCAGUGUGUGUGUCCUUGGAUGAAGUGGUGUCCAACUGCACUGGGACUCAGGAGACUCCGCUGCUUAAUGGACACUUGAAGAAGGUGGAUAACACCCUCACUGAAGCCCAGCGAUUCUCCUCCCUUCCCAGGAGGCCAGCGGUGAACAUUGAAUUCAAGGAUAUUUCAUUUUCAAUCCCAGAAGGCCCAUGGUGGAAAAAGAAAGGCUACAAAACCCUGCUGAAGGGGAUCUCAGGAAAAUUCCACUGUGGAGAACUUGCAGCAAUCAUGGGGCCAUCGGGGGCAGGGAAGUCAACUCUUAUGAAUAUCUUGGCUGGUUACAGGGAGACUGGUAUGAAGGGAGAAGUUCUCAUUAACGGUCAGCCUCGUGACUUGCGUUCCUUCCGCAAAGUGUCCUGCUACAUUAUGCAAGAUGAUAUGCUUCUGCCACACAUGACAGUGCAGGAAGCCAUGAUGGUUUCUGCCCAUUUAAAGCUUCAAGAAAAGGAUGAAGGCAGAAGGGAAAUGGUAAAGGAGAUCCUGACUGCUCUGGGAUUGUUGUCAUGCGCAGACACUAGGACUGGAAGUCUUUCUGGGGGACAAAGGAAACGCCUGGCAAUUGCUUUGGAAUUAGUGAAUAAUCCACCUGUGAUGUUCUUCGAUGAACCAACCAGUGGUUUAGACAGCUCGUCCUGUUUCCAGGUUGUCUCACUGAUGAAAUCGUUGGCUCAGGGGGGCAGGAAUAUUAUUUGCACGAUCCACCAGCCCAGUGCCAAACUGUUUGAGUUGUUUGAUCAGCUGUACGUAUUAAGCCAAGGACAAUGCAUUUAUCGUGGGAAAGUGUCACACCUUGUUCCAUACUUAAGGGUUUUGGGAUUAAACUGCCCAACAUAUCACAACCCUGCAGACUUCAUUAUGGAAGUGGCGUCGGGUGAAUAUGGAGACCAGAACCCUCGCCUGGUAAGAGCUGUGCAGGACAACCUAUGUGAGGCAGAACCCAAGAGAGAUCAUUGUGGAGAGAAUGAGCUGAGCCCCUUCAUGUGGCACAAGCCUGACGAGGACUCCUCACCGACAGAAGGUUGCCAUAGUUUUUCGGCCAGUUGCCUCACUCAGUUCUGCAUCCUAUUUAAGAGGACUUUCAUCAAUAUCAUGAGGGAUUCGGUGCUGACCCAUCUGCGAAUAAUCUCACACAUAGGCAUUGGGUUCCUGAUAGGCUUACUGUACUUAGGCAUUGGCAAUGAGGCCAAGAAAGUCUUGAGCAAUUCCGGCUUCCUCUUCUUUUCCAUGCUCUUCCUGAUGUUCGCUGCUCUCAUGCCAACCGUCCUGACUUUUCCACUUGAAAUGGGAGUAUUCCUCAGAGAACAUCUGAAUUACUGGUACAGCCUGAAGGCAUAUUACUUAGCCAAAACAAUGGCUGAUGUGCCCUUCCAGAUCAUGUUUCCAGUGGCGUACUGCAGCAUUGUGUAUUGGAUGACCUCACAGCCAUCAGACGCUCUCCGAUUCAUCCUGUUUGCUGCUUUGGGAACAAUGACAUCCCUUGUUGCUCAAUCUCUAGGACUUCUCAUUGGAGCAGCCUCCACAUCAUUGCAGGUGGCGACUUUUGUGGGUCCUGUUACUGCCAUUCCAGUUCUUUUGUUUUCCGGUUUCUUUGUAAGCUUUGAUACCAUUCCAAGUUACCUUCAGUGGAUGUCCUACAUGUCCUAUGUCAGAUAUGGAUUUGAGGGUGUCAUCCUGUCCAUUUAUGGUCUUGACAGAGAAGAUUUGCACUGCGAAAAGGAUGAAACCUGUCAUUUCCAAAAGUCAGAAGCCAUUCUGAAGGAACUGGAUGUGGAGAAUGCCAAACUCUACCUGGACUUCAUUAUCCUUGGAAUAUUCUUUGUCACCCUGCGCCUCAUUGCUUAUUUUGUUCUCAAAUACAAAAUCCGGGCAGAGAGGUAAAGGUGAGGCAAAGCAAGAAAGGUCCAACCAAGCUUGUUUGGUAAAUGUCAACUGGGGUGAUUCCGAAGCUUAUUAUUGUCUUUCUGUAUUAGGCAGGUCAGUGCCCUGCUGUAGAGACACUAUUGAUGCCUAACCUUCUGGAACUAUGUUGGGUUAGUUGCUUUCUAGCAAAUCCCACUGGGACACUACUUGGGUCACAUGUCUUUCUAGGAAGGAAUAGAAGGAACCUGUACAAUGGAACUACACUAUUGCCCUGAGGAGGGUAAUCUUAAAAUGAGUCCUUGUCCUAGGAAUGUCAUUAGUUAAAUUAUUUCUCAUAGGAAUGACUGCUACACAGCAGCUCUAGUUGAUUGUAACUGAAGAAGCUCUGCUUUGGAAACCUUCAAGUAUUAUUUUAAUUUUCUCUGAAAUGAUAGGAAUCAAGAUAUUCCGAAAUGGACUGAGCCAGUAUCUGUUUUUUUUAGGGUUUCCAUACAGUGGUUGUUGUUAUGCAACAGAAUGCAACUUGAAUAAACCAUCCAUAUUAGUCUUUGAUUUUUAGGGUUAUACUUUAGAGAGCUGGCCUCUAAUUCAAGAUAACGUGGAUUUAGAAGAGGAUACAUUUCUUGGUUUAAUCAGCAAAGCAAAGUCCAACUGGCGGCUGAGAUUUGGCAUCAAUUUCCUUGGCUACUGAAGUGGAACAAGACCAAUUUUUAUUUUAAAUAAAUGUUAUUAUAACCCUCAAAUUAAAGGUAAAUUUGAUUGCCUAGACAUAGAUUUUGGAAAUGGAUCUGAAACGUUAAACCUUACAGAAAAUAUUUCAAACAUGGCGGCUAUUAGUACAUUUGAUUCAGUUAUUUGCUUACAUUACAACAAACACUAACAAUGUCAGUUUUUACCUCAAUUUGUGGUGAUUGUAAUGGUGGUUAGAACGCCAAAUUCCAUUGAUGAUGUCCCAUUAGGAGAUAAUUUCACUAUGAUGAUGUAUGAAUGUCAUUAUUUCUACUACUGGAGCGGUUUUGUUAAUCAAUAUUGUCUUUAAUUUUAUUAUUAUACCUGUACACGGACCAGUACAUUUCCAGUGCUAUAUGGGCCAAACAUUUUCCCUGCACUAUAUUUGCUUCCCAGUGAUAGUUUUUUAAGCAUAUACUGCCAGUAGAAUGUAGCAGAAUGUGCAAAGACACAUCAAUGCCAAAGAACUUAUUGAAUCUGUUUUAAUUUUUGGGGCUAACAGGUUUCUGAGAUCUGUCUUUGAACAUCUGAAAGCAGCUGAAUCCCCACAACCCCCAAGAAAACUCAUUGUUCCCAAGCACCUUGAUAGUUUCAUUGGUCUACACCCUUCUAAAGUGAGCAAACCCCAGCUCGUAACUACCUCAUCCACAUGCGUGAAUGUUAACCAAUGUAGAUGUUUUUAAUUUCAUUAGCGAAAAUGCACUUUACAUUUUUUUUAUAGUUUUGAAAUACCACCACCUGCUUGUAGAUAUAAUGUUAGCACAUAACAGGCUGGAAAACUAUUUCAAUAGUUAAAGUUUCCAGGUGACCUGCAUUCUCUGCAAAUACUUUGCUAUUCUCUCUGUUCCAUUGAAUUAUUGUUAGAUUACUUUGGGUUUGGGAACCAAUAAAUUUUUCUUUUUGCUUUAAUAUUGGUGUGGAGGCAGCCAGCCAUCUCAAUGCAUUGUGCCUGAUUCUGAACUUUGAGAAGGAACCAGCACUUCAGGGUGGAACUGCUUUGAGAUAGCUAUAGUUUCUCCUCUUCUCAUUGUACUUGAGUACGACCCUACAAAAGCAGGGUUGUUUCCGCUUGGAAGCAAUUCUUAUGUCUACACUGGGUGGGGCAUUUAAUAAUGCACGCACAUCUUUCAGCAGAGUUGACAGAGAGCUGCUUAUCUGGUUAGCUUCCCAUUGUUCUGUUAAUAGGCUGCUGAUUAGCUGAUGGGGGGGUUGUUAUUACUCUAACUUGCAGUGUAGCAGGAAAGAGUGACUGAAGUUAAUCAGAGCACAAGUCACAUGGUUGGGGACACCUGGGAAAUGGUAACUUCAGAUCUUGCAUCUUCCAUAAAAUAUCUGGGUUUAUUUAUGCAAUUUUUUUUUUUUAACAUAUAGCUGUUUUUAAGAAUUAAGCAGUUACUUCUGAACCCUGUCCACUUCUAAUUGCUGUUUUUAUCAAGUCCCUUGUGCUAGGAUUUGACUCCAAGUUAAACAGAUUGAGACAUUUUGGAAGGCUUUAUUGUGUUAGGCAUAGUACGUCUGUAAAGUAUCUAACUUGUUUGAUACUUUACAGAUGUUUUUGUAUUUAUUUUUCAGAUAUAUCUGUUCUUUUCUAUGGGAAACAAUUAAUGGGAAAAAUCCCAAACUAAUGUUAUAAUAAACAUUGUUAAACACCUAAUUAGAUGAUAUAUGGUACAGUCCAUCACAUCCAGUUAGGUGUUUAUCAAUAUUUAUGACAAACGCACAAGACCAUUUAAAGCUACUAGCUAUGGCUUACAGUUCCGAUGCCAGAUUGCUCCUAUUAAAUGCUACUGCCUUUUUCAGACAAUCAGAAGACAUGAAACAAUCUCUGGCACUCAAUGGAGUUAUGAGAAUAUUAUGAAACCAAAUUAAUUGUUGUGUAAGGUACAAUUUGGCACCAGAAGAAGAGCGACAGAGCUGCCAACUAUCUGCUCCUCUAUGGCCAUCUUAAAUGUUUACUCCCAGGCAUCAUUUAGUAAGAUAUUUAGACCUAAUGUGUGCACUUUAGAAAGUAUAGUGGCCUUAAAUUCACCUCUUUAUGGAUGAGUCCUCUAGAUGCAAAAAUGGCUUAACAAUGCUACCCAGAGGGCUUGAGACCUUAGAUUGUAGAAUCUAGAGGAAAGGAGGGAUUGGGGCAAUAGAUUACAAAUGUUCCUAAACUAUGACGUGGGCCAUCAUGGUUGAAAGAUGAUCCUAAUGUGUGCACUUGUGUGAUCCUAAUGUGUGCACUUUAGAAAGUAUAGUGGCCUUAAAUUCACCUCUUUAUGGGUGAGUCCUCUAGAUGCAAAAAUGGCUACCAAGAGGGCUUGAGACCUUAGAUUGUAGAAUCUAGAGGAAAGGAGAGAUUGGGGCAAUAGAUUACAAAUGUUGCUAAACUAUGAUGUGGGCCAUCAUGGUUGAAAGAUGACUUGUUAAAGUAAGGAAUAUAAGGACAGAGGAUCUCCUGUACUAACCUGUGCAACUAAGAACAAAAUAUUGGUGCAAUGCACAAAGGGAGUGCUAUAUGUAAUGACUUGCCAAUUGUAGAUAUAAAUAAUAUUUGGAUCAAGUGAUCCUCUUCUACUUUUCCAUGGCUUAGAAAGGUCAGCUGUUUCCAAUCCACCAUAAUCAAAUGUAUUUGAACGGAUGUAGUAUCGUGGUCUUUAAAGAAGUUUGUUAGUCUUUGCCAUAGUUCUUAAAGGCAAAUAUCCAGAAACAUAAUUUUGGCUAAAUAUUGAUCUACAUAAUCCUUUAAAUGGCAAACUAAGUCCUCAACUACUUUUUUUGUUUCACCACAGACCAGUGUAUGGGGCAACUAUAUGAACUUCCAUAUCCAGAUGUCCUACAUAUGCCUUGACAUUCUCUCCCCCUGCCAGUUGACAGACUAAAUCUGCCUAAAUCUUCAGUAUAAUGGGAGAUGUAUUUUUAGCUUUUCAAGAUUUCAUUUUUUUCAUUUGUAAAAAUGAAGAGAAAUAGAGCUGCCAUAAAGUUUUUUCCAUUAACAUCACAUAAGUCAUGUUUUUUCAUAAUGCUAGUGCUUGAGAAAAAAAAUCACAGUUGAGUUUAACCACUAUUUUUUUUAAACAGAAUAUUGAAAAAUCUUUGCUGCUUGCAUUUGCAGUAUAACACUGUAGUUAGACUUGAAUGCAUGAAAAGUGAGUCGCUGGAUGUCACAGUAUCACUAGCCAAAUACAUAAAAUGUAUCAUAGUUUUUGCUGAUGUUGGAAUUGCGUUGGUUUGAAGUUGGAGCAAUUGUCAAUAAACUACACAGAUAAUUUGGGUUGAAAAAAAGAGAAAAGCGAGGCAUUGAUUGUUUUUCUCCCGUCAUCAUCAUCUAUAUUAUGCCUAGGCAUUGUGUAAUAAUCCUCUCAUGUCUGUAAGUGUAAUAAUAGGAAACUAUAUGGGUUAGCAGGUAGGUGGGUGAUUUUGUAUUAGUGGUGUCCAUUUAAAGCUGAAUGGAUCAGUAAUGGCAGAGAUCAAGCAUAGGAAUGGCAGACAACUACUCAACUUACUUUCACAACACAGAACAAGAGAAAGAACAUAUUGCCCCUAUACAAGGUGCAAUUAAGCAAAUACCUUAUGAGAAAGGUCUCAGAAGAUAAUAUUUCAAAUUUAAGUACAAAAUCAACACAAAAUCUCACUACAAAUGUGAAAUUUUGAAAUAUGCCCAGAAAAUUUCCACUCACCUUAUAUAAGUUAUUAUAUUUAUAUUAUAUGAGCCAGGAACUAGUGUAGUAACAAAUUCUUAAGACUUUAGAUCUGCACAACUCAAAUGUGUUUAAGUUAAUUCCAUACAGUACAUGACCGUGAUCUAGAACUUUGUUACCCCUGGACAUUAUUAAAACUCCCUCUCAGAACUAAAAUGUUUCAGCACAAAUUCUAACAUAGAGAUGAAUAUUUGAUUUUAUUCCCUUUGCAGGAUUUAUCUAGUUUCUAUGAAAGUAUUGCUUUGUUUGCAAAUUCUGGCUUGUCUACAAAGAUCUUGCUAUGACCUCCCAAAGCCCCACUACCAUUCCUGAAGUAAUAAACAUGUUCUUGCUAA